UGAAACAAUCACUAGAUUCUAUACAAAUCAAAAAGAAAAACUUCCACCUUCCUCUUAUAUCAAAUGGAUCUAAUAAUGUCUACAGACGAUUCUCAUUUAGGUGGCGAAACGAUCCUGAAUGAUCAAACUGAACAGUUAUUCAUAAAUUCUUGGCUGAAUCAACCACAACGAAAAGAAUUGUUAACAUCCAUGCAAAAACAUGAUCCAGAAUUUCAGCAAAAUCAUACCAGCAAAGAAAAGAAAAUCGAAAUAAUCGAACUUGGUGAUGAUGAUGAUGAUGAAUUGAUUUUAUUGCCUUCUGUGAACACUAUUUCUAUGAUAAAAAGUUCUUUCGAAGAAAAAGGAAAUGAUAAACGAAAGCUACAAUGUAUAAAUGAACGAACAAAAGUUGAAAGUAGUAUUGGAUCCCGUUUCGUUGAAUCUGAUAAGCAUGCACAAUUUAACUAUGCUACUGUGACAGAAAAUUCCAGUAUUAAAAUUUCGGACUCUAGUAUGGUAAUACAAUCUCGCUUCAAUAAACAAUCUGGAUCAAAACCAAGAAUACCAAGAACACUUCCAACUAAAGAUGGAAUAAUUCAUUUCAAUCAUCGAUUUGACGAUGAACAAAUGGAUCUAAUAAUGUCUACAGACAAUUCUCAUUUAGGUGGCGAAACGAUCCUGAAUGAUCAAACUGAACAGUUAUUCAAAAAUUCUUGGCUGAAUCAACCACAACGAAAAGAAUUGUUAACAUCCAUGCAAAAACAUGAUCCAGAAUUUCAGCAAAAUCAUACCAGCAAAGAAAAGAAAAUCGAAAUAAUUGAACUUGAUGAUGAUGAUGAACAAUUGAAUUCAUUGCCUUCUGUAAGCACUAUUUCUAUGAUGAAAAGUUCUUUCGAAGAAAAAGGAAAUGAUACUCGAAAACUACAAUGUCUAAACGAACGAGCAAUAGUUGACAGCAGUAUUGGAUCUGAUGAGUAUGCACAAUUUAACUAUGCUACUGUGACAGAAAAUUCCAGUAUUAAAAUUUCGGACUCUAGUAUGGUAAUACAAUCUCGCUUCAAUAAACAAUCUGGAUCAAAACCAAGAAUACCAAGAACACUUCCAACUAAAGAUGGAAUAAUUCAUUUCAAUCAUCGAUUUGACGAUGAACAAAUGGAUCUAAUAAUGUCUACAGACAAUUCUCAUUUAGGUGGCGAAACGAUCCUGAAUGAUCAAACUGAACAUUUAUUCAAAAAUUCUUGGCUGAAUCAACCACAACAAAAAGAAUUUUCAACAUCCAUGGAGAAACAUGAUCCAGAAUUCCAGCAAAAUCAUACCAGCAACGAAAAGAAAAUCGAAAUAAUUGAACUUGAUGAUGAUGAUGAUGAUGAAUUGAUUUUAUUGCCUUCUGUGAACACUAUUUCUAUGAUGAAAAGUUCUUCCGAAGAAAAAGGAAAUGAUACACGAAAACCACAAUGUCUAAAUGAACGAACAAAAGUUGACAGCAGUAUUGGAUCCCGUUUCGUUGAAUCUGAUGAGCACUUUGACAAUGUUAACAGUGUACAAAAUAACUAUGCUACUGUGACAGAAAAUUCCAGUCUUAAAAUUUCAGACUCUAGUAUGGUGAUACAAUCUCGCAUUAAUAAAAAAACUGAACCGAAACCAAGAAUAACACUUCCAAUUGAAGAUGGAAUAAUUCAUUUCAAUCAUCGAUUUGACGAUGAUAAAUUACCAGCAAAUUUCAACUUUAACUUUUCAUCGCGUAAAAAUAAAUCAAAAUCUAAUAAGGAUGAUUAUGACUUAUUGGACAUGUCAAUUUAAUAAUCCCAUAAAUAUAAACACAUUUCUUUUUGUGAAUAAACUUUAUUCAAUCUUUUUCUUAACAAUUCUC